AUGCUCGGUAUGCCGGGUAUGCCCUUUGCUAUGGUGCCAAUGCCUGUCCUAUCCCAGAUGCCUUCAAACCUUGUUGACACAAGCCCACCUGCAUCGGAUCGCUCAUCGAAAGACUCGCCGGUCGUUGCCCCUUUGCCUCCACGGAAGCCGAGCCUCGGUGGGUUGGAUACUGAAGACUCAGCUUCUCUUCUAAAGCUUUCGCCUCUUCCUCCUCCGGCUCUGGCCUUGGAGAGUCAAGAUGGUCGUUCCUUGACUCCUGCACCAAGCGUUCCAACCAAGCAUCCCAUCAGUCCAGACACGCAGUGCAAAAUCUCGCAUGCCAUUGCAGCUUCGCUCUGCUCAGUCUCCGUGGAGAACGAAAAUCGCCCACCGCAGUGCGUAUCCGAGACGACCUGUCAGCGAAGACAAUCGAUUAGUCAAGCCUCCAACAGCAACAUUGUUUUGAGCAUUGCCCCUUCACUAGGUUCCGCAUCAGUAGUGAACGGGAAGAUCUCAUCUCCAUUGCCACUCGUGGCUGCUCUUGACCAUCUCAAGGAGGUUAUCGGCUCGAAGACUCGGUCACGUUCUUCGUCCCGAGCUUCAUUUGCCUCUUCGAGACCUCUCUCAAGAGCCUCGUCAAGGUCCAAAAGACGGCGCGAAGCAGCUGAGAGACGCCACGCAGUUUUCAAGAAACAACAUGAGCGAGCAAAUCGUCGUCGCGAGAGGAGAAAAAGAAAACUUGCCCGCCAACUUGAAACAGCAAGCCCAACAAUCGAGCACCGCAGGUCGGUUCAACUGGCUUCAGAUGUCGGCCAGGGUCUUGUCACUGAGCCCAAGCCAGAGCAAGUCAACUCAUACACAAAGCGACGUGAUCGGCGUGAAAAGAUGGCUCAAUGCCGGAAAAAUGAUUCAUCACAGAGUCGAUAUGUGCACAUGACAAUGGCUUCGAAUCCUCGUCCCAACGUCUCCUGCCAUUGA